AUGGCUAGUCGACUACGCGCUGGGCAAAAGAAAAGCGCUUUGCAAAAGGAUAAUUCUACAGAAGCUGGCGAGAAGCCAGCUGAUUUCGUAGCUUUAAUUGCUAAGCAAAGUUUACCGAAAACCCGCCGCAUGCAUUUUGAUCGUCUCAUUACAACAACCGCAAUUAAUAGUUCAAAUACAGCAACAUUUCUUGCACAAGUUAAAAAAAAUCGUAUUCCGGUUCCGUUAUUUGAGAAAAAACGUGUAAGGUUGAGCUCAACAACAACAGAAGAGAGUGAUUAUUUGCCUGCAACAUACGCCAGUUUUAAUCGUGAAGAUUACAUUAUUAUCCAAGCGCCAACUAAAGAAACAGUAACUGAUUUCUGGCGAAUGAUUUGGCAGGAUGGUUGUAAAUUGAUCGUUUGUGUUAUGGAGCAGUCUCAGAUGACAGUAGAAGAUGACACAGAAGGAAAGUGUUAUCAGUAUUGGCCAAUAAAACCUGAUACAAAAAUGGAAAUCGGUCAAAAGCGAUUCACAAUAAAAUUAAUUAAAAAGAAAGAUGAAAAAGGUUUUAUAAUGUAUGACCUUGCACUCUCAGCGCAUUUGGAUGCUGAUGUUAACGCUGGAAAAGUAGCUCCAAAAACAGAUGGCUCAGUAGAAACUGCUACCAGUGAUGAUGAUAGCAAACCACGACAUGUAACAUUAUUUCACAUAACUAAUUGGUCAAAUGGUAUCUGGCCAGAUUUGGAUCAAUUAGGACCAUUCAUUAAAACACUCGCAAGUAAGGAAGUACAAAUUAUUAAACGAGCAGCGGAUGAUUAUAUUCCACCAGUCGUACUUCAAGGUUUUGCUGGCUUAAACAGGACAUGUGUUGUUUGGGUAGCAACCAUAUUAAUGAAGCAAAUUGAACGUCGUGAAUGUUUUGAUGUGGAAUAUUUGGCGAAACAUUUGGUACGCAUUCGUCCAGGCGCAUUUUCCGAUCCAAUCUCAUUUUUUGUCCUUUUUGCGCUCGCUUUUCGUAUUGCAUCAUUGGGGGGUUGGAGCACUUAUGAGGAUGCGAAAGAUCGCAUCAAAGAAAUAAAAGCAAGCGCAUUAAUGACAAUGAAAGCAAGGGGAAAACAAUAA